UUUUCCAGAGACCAGCUCUACUUCGAUCGCGUACAUCCUUCGAUCCCUAUUAUCCACCAGCGGCGAUAUCUAUCAUGGUCCAAGACUAGCCAGAAAUCGCCUUCGCGCACCUGUCUGCAGUAUGCAAUGUGGAUGCUGGCCACUUUGUUCUCGGCACAGUUUCGAGACAUGACAGAGCAGCUCUACCACAAAGCAAAGCAUAUGUUGGAAUCACCCGGCAACAGUGACGGUGACACGGAGCUGGUGCAAGCGUGGGUGCUUAUCGCGACAUGCGAGUCAAUGCGCACUCGCCACCGACAGGCCUGGAUGAGCGCUGGCCAGGCAUUUCGCUUGGUCCAGGGAUUGCGUUUCCAUGAGAUCGACCGCUCAUACAACAAUGAUACAAGCCUUAUAUCAUCCCCAGAAAGUGGAAGUUUCAUUGAAACCGAGGAAAAGCGUCGAGUGUUUUGGAUGGCCUACUUGCUUGAUCAUCUUUUCAGCAUGCGCAACGACUGGCCCGUAACGUUACAUGAGCACGUGAUUUGCACUCGCUUGCCAGCUCCGGAUGUAGAGUUCCAGAGCGGCCAGCAAGUGCUGGGAGGCUUUCUAUCCGAAGCCAUGACAGAGCCCACCCCAAAGGUGCGGUCUGCAUUCAACGAAUGCCUGAUACUAGUCACAAUAUGCGGACGCAAUCUGUUUCGGGGCCAGCAGCAUAAUAUAUCCAAGGCCUACGGAGAUAUGCCGUUGGACUGGACGGAGCAGCGUUGGUGGCUAGACGAUAUCCUCACAACCAGGCUUCAACUCCUAUGGGAGUAUUAUCCGUCGCCCAACGAAGUAUUUGAUCCAUUGCUUUUGUUUGCAAACGUUCUAGCACAUUCUACCGUCAUCUACUACUGUAAAGGCAUGAUGUCGACAUUGCCCACUUCUAUUGAUCGCUCGGACACUACCCCCGAGGUCCUCGAGUGUGAACAUCGAGCCUUGGCUGCUGCUGCGGCUAUCAUCCGUCUGGCCAACACGUUUCCCGAAUUACACUUUUCUAAGAUUCAUCCACUUAUGCCUAUGCCGUUGUUUCUCAGCGCCGAGUUUCUCUACGACAAUCUGUCCGGUCACGAAUCUUUUCGCUUGUGUCUGCAGGAGCUCAUUGAGAUUUUCGGUCGGCUGAAGAACGUCAACAAUCAUGAACAGAGUUACGUGGAUCUGCUACCGCAGUCCUGUGUUUCCAAAACCACCAAGCUGCUCGACCAUACCUCCAAGAGUCAUGAUAUGAGCUAG